AUGAAUAAACUGGAGGUUGACGCUUACUUUGAGCUUCUUGAAAGCAUAUUGAAAGUAGACGAUGGUGUGUUGAAACCGAGUUGUAUCUUCAACAUGGACGAGACUGGUCUUCAGCUUAAUAAUCGACCAGGGCAUGUUCUAGCUGAAAAGGGUAUCAAGGCUGUAUCUACAGUUACUUCGACUGAAAAGGGAGAAACGAUUACAGUUAUAGUCUGCUGCAAUGCUGAAGAUUUAUUUAUUGAAUGGUUGAAAACACAUUUUGUUCCGAGGAAACCAGCUGGAAGAGUACUUCUUUUACUAGAUGGUCAUUCAACUCACUGUAAUUCUGUGGAAAUGCUGGAAUAUGCAAAGGACAAUGACAUCACCUUACUUUCAAUGCCAAGCCACACGUCUCACUACCUCCAACCACUAGAUCGUACGGUGUUUAAAUCACUGAAGACUCAUUUUUACGAGCAGUGUCGACUUUGGCUAAAACAAAAUCCUGGUCGUCGUAUAACACGAUUAUCAUUUGGAAGAUUGCUUAAUAAGGCGUGGGGAAAGGCAGCUUCUGCAGAGAAUGCAAUUGCGGGUUUUAAAGCUACAGGUGUCCACCCCUUCAAUCCAUCUGCAAUUCCCGAUUACGCGUUUACCCUAGAAUUGACAAAGCAAAUAUCUAAAUCUCAAAAUGAGUGUACAGCCACUGUUAUGGUCGAGGAGCAAGAAGAAAAUACUAUUAACAUAGCUUCUGCUAAUCUGGAACUAGUUCCAAAUACUUUCGAAGUGCGACAAGACAUAUCACCUGCAAUCGCUGAGCCAAAUAGCUCUGUUGGGCGAAUAGUUUUAAACGCAAGUCCUGAGAUAUUUACAAGAAGGCCUAAAAAAUUAUUUGCUACUGCUUCAGCAGCAGUAAUUAAAAAAAUGUCAGAACAAUUCCCUCCAAGAAGCGAUUUGCCAGAUCUGACUCCAACACGUAUUUUAAAGCAAAUAUCGCCAGUUCCACAAAAAAUUAUUGAAGUACGCAAACAUACUAAACAGGAAUAUGAUGUGGGAAGUUUGUUUGUUAAACAAUUCGACGAGAAGUGGGCUAAAAACCAGGAGCUCUCUUGGUAUGUCAAUAUAAUGAUUGAUAACAAUAAAGUUGAAAGUGAUGAUGAAAAUGCUCAUUGCUCGUGA